GCGUUCGCUUGGGGCUUCAAGACAGACGAGCCAUGGUGCUGGUUGUUGGAGAAUGUGGAGGGCCUAGUUUCGCACAAUGAAGGUCGAGCUCUGCAGACCAUCGUUACCACGCUGGACUCCAUCAACGGGGGCCGAUACUUGGUGCAGACGCGAGUUCUCAAUACAGAGGACCACG